AUGGCGGCGGAACUCCCAGCCAAGCUCAAGCCCGCGGCGAGGGUUGCUGGCCAAAGACAAGAUGUCUGGUCCAUCGUCAACGAAGCCGCGGCGGCUUCACCUAAACAGCCUAUCGUGAACAUGGGUCAAGGAUUCUUCGGAUACAAUCCGCCUCCGUUCAUCAUCAACGCUGCUAAGUCGGCUUUGGACCGAGUGGACUGCAAUCAGUACAGUCCGACGAAGGGUAGGCCGCGGCUAAAGAAGGCUAUCGCCGACGCAUACUCGCCGUUCUGGGGUCGCCAGCUUAACCCUGAAACGGAGGUUACAAUUACUACCGGAGCCAAUGAGGGUAUGCUUAGUGCGUUCAUGGCUUUCAUAGAACCUGGUGACGAGGUCAUCAUUUUCGAGCCGUUCUUCGACCAGUACAUUAGCAAUAUUGAGAUGCCUGGCGGAAAGAUCGUCUAUGUUCCACUGCAUCCACCAAGCGACGGAGCUACGCGGACUUCGUCGUCCGCUGAGUGGACCAUUGAUUUCGAUGAGCUCGAGAAGGCCAUCACGCCUAAGACUAAGAUGAUCGUUCUUAACACGCCUCAUAACCCUGUUGGUAAAGUCUUCUCCAAGGAAGAGCUCCAGAGAGUAGGAGACAUCUGUGUCAAGAAUGAGAUCAUUAUCCUGUCUGAUGAGGUGUAUGACCGUCUAUACUACGUGCCAUUCACGAGAAUCGCAACUCUUUCACCCGAGAUCGAGAGGUUGACGAUAACUGUCGGUUCGGCUGGCAAGAAUUUCUAUGCUACGGGUUGGCGUGUAGGGUGGCUUAUGGGACCUGCCCAUUUAAUCAAAUAUGUCUCCGCGGCCCACACGCGAAUCUGCUACUCUUCGGUUUCGCCGCUUCAAGAAGCCUGCGCAGUCGGUUUCGAACAAGCCGAAGGCGAAGGGUUUUGGGAGGAAACAGUGCGGGACAUGAAAGGCAAGAUGGAGCGAUUCAACGAAGUCUGGAAGGAGCUGGGGCUGCACUACACGGAUCCAGAGGGUGGGUACUUCGUACUCGUCAAUAUGAGUAAAGUCAAGCUGCCGGCAGACUAUCCCUUCCCACCGCACGUAGCCAGCCGUCCCCGCGACUUCCAGCUGGCCUGGUUUCUGAUCCAGGAGGUGGGUGUGGCCGCAAUCCCGCCUACCGAGUUCUACACCGACCCCAACGCGCAUCUCGCCCAGGAUUAUAUUCGAUUCGCUGUUUGCAAGGAAGACGAAAUUCUGGAGACGGCGAAAGAGCGGUUGAGGGGAUUGAAGCAAUAUAUCCAGGAAUAA